GGGGGCUAUAAGCAAUGAUAAUUUUAUUGUCAUUUUAAUGUUCAGCUAAUUAAGCAGUAUAACACUUUCUUGUCAAGAAAAGAAAAGAAAAACUCAAGAACUAGAUAGCCAUGAAUUCUUCUAACCAAGCCACAAAUAAGACAAAAUCAGGAGAAGUAGAUUCCUCCAGUUGCAUCAUACAGAUUGAUCCCCCAAAGUCCCCAAAAAUUCUGAGGAAAUCAGCAGGUGGUCAAUCUUGUUGCAUCUUCAGAAUCCCUCACACACUCGUCCAAGCCAAUGAAGCAGCUUACAAACCAAAGAUUGUAUCCAUCGGUCCUUACCACCAGUGGGAUGGUAAAGACGAUAGACAUCAGGUUCAGAUGAUCCAGGAGCACAAACAAAUAUAUCUUGACCUCUUCUUGUCCAAGACAAAGAUAAACGGAGUGUCUUUGACCCACUUGAGAGAAGUGGUCUCCGGUCUAGAACAGAAGAUCAGAGAUUCUUACUCUGAGGAUCUAAAUAUCAAUAAGGAAAAGCUGAUAGAUAUGAUGAUUCUUGACGGUUGUUUCAUCCUCACGUUGUUCUUCGUGGUCGCAAAGAAGGAAUGGCGUCAAAAUUAUGACGACCCUAUUCUGAUGUUACGGUGGAUUCUACCAACUCUUCAAAGUGAUCUUCUCCUCCUAGAAAACCAGGUUCCACUUUUCCUUCUUCAAGAACUCCUCACUGCUUCCAAAUUAUUUCCUUCCGCUAGCCUAAACAUGAUCAUCUUUCAAUUCUUUCGCUACUCUAUAGAAAGACCAAAUGAAUUUUGGGGCAAAAACAAAAAUAUCAAAGCAAACCAUAUUCUUGAUCUUAUCCGUCAAACUUUUAUACCCUCUAAAUCUCCAACACCAACACCAAUACCAACAUCAACACCGCCUCCUCGCCCUUUUCUCAGUCUGAUUGUUUCAGCCAAGAAACUUCAACUACGAGGAAUAAAAUUCAUGCCAAAGGAGAAAUAUGAUACACCCUUGGAUAUAACACUCAACGGCAACUUUCUUGAAAUACCUAAACUAACGUUUGAUGACUUUUUCAGUUCGCUUUUGAUCAACUGCGUUGCCUUUGAGCAGUUUAAUGUGAACUGUUCAACGGAGAUGACAAGCUAUGUUACUUUCAUGGGCUGCCUCAUCAACACUGAAGCGGACGCAACCUACUUAAGCGAGAAAGGGAUCAUAGAGAACUAUUUCGGGACAGGAGAAGAAGUAUCUCUCUUCUUCAAGAACACUGGUAAAGACAUUGUCUUUAGCAUAUCAAAUAGUUACUUGGCAGAUGUGUUCGAGGGGGUGAAUGAGUAUACCUCACAAGGAUAUCACGUACAAUGGGCAAAAUUCAAGUAUACAUAUUUCAAGAGUCCGUGGACUUUUCUAUCAUCUUUUGCUGCUUUGAUACUUCUCAUUGUUACCGUUUUCCAAGCUUUCUUCGCAGCCUAUCCUUAUUUUUAUCCUCCCAAGUAAAAGAUUGAGUGAAGCAUACUAUUGACUUGGCGCUCACCAGUGUCGCCCCUUUUGGCUUCGUCUCCAAGUGCUUGAAGCUUUCAUCGUUUGUUUACAUUAUUCUCGUCGCUGUUUUGUGUUAUACCCACUACGAGCAUUUGUAUUUUGACUUCAGGGUUUGCAAAUUGCCAUUCAUUUUUAAUGUAAAAGUUAUUUUGCAUUGUCUUGAAGACUUGAACAAAUAAAAGUUCAUAACACGUUUGCGA